AUGACAGACCUGCUUGCUGGUGGGAAAGUCAACAUUCCAAACUACAGCUGUGGGAAGCAGAAAACGUUACUGGCUGUUCUUGAAAAGAGUGAAUUUGACAUCUCCACACACCUUGCAAGCAUGUUGGGCAUCUACAAGAUCCCACAGCUCAGUUAUGGCUUUGCUCUUACUGAUAAAUUCCAGUCCCCUUUUGUCUACCGCAUGACACCAAACCAAGAAACGCAGUACCAGGGGAUGGUCCAACUCCUCCUGCAUUUCAGGUGGACGUGGGUCGGCCUCUUUGCUCCAGACAAUGACAAUGGAGAAAGGUUCCUGAGUAUCUUGACAUCCCUGAUGAUCAAAAGGGAAAUCUGUGUUGCCUUCACGAAAAGACUUCAUCGUUUCUUGAAAGAAGUCCAGUUCUACUCUAAUACUUCAGCUGAUGGGCAGUACUUGGAUGAGAAUGGGGCACUGGCCGUUGACUUCGAUAUUGUGAAUUGGGUGCUGUUUCCUAAUAACUCUCAUGAUAGAGUGAAAAUUGGGAGAAUAGAGAGACUAAAGUCCUCAAAUCUGAAGUUCACCAUUAACCCAGAAGCAAUUGUGUGGCCCAAGCGAUUUAAGAAAACCGUGCCUCGAUCAAGAUGCACAGAAAGCUGUCUCCCUGGAUAUUCCAGAAAAGUUCAGGAAGGGAAGCCGCCCUGCUGCUAUGAUUGUUCUCCCUGCUCAGAAGGGACCAUCUCCACUCAGGAAGAUGCUAAUGAAUGCACCAGAUGUCCAGAAGAUCAGCAUCCAAAUGAGGACCGAGAUCAAUGUGUCCCCAAAAUAUUUACCUUCCUGUCCUAUGAAGAAUAUUUGGGGAGCCUCCUGGCUUCACUUGCUCUCUCCUUAUCCUUAACCACCGGCUUUGUGUUAGGAAUCUUCAUUAAAUACAAGGAAACUCCAAUAGUCAAGGCCAACAACAGAGACCUCUCCUACAUCCUCCUCAUCUCUCUACUGCUCUCCUUUUUGUCCUCCUUCCUGUUCAUUGGGAGGCCAAGGAAAGUGACCUGUCUUCUCCGACAAACAGCCUUCAGCCUCAUCUUCUCAGCUGCUGUCUCUUCUGUCUUGGCAAAAACCAUCACUGUAGUCCUGGCCUUCCUGGCCACCAAGCCAGGGAACAAGGUGAGGAGAUGGCUGGGAAAGAGUUUGGCCCACUCCAUUGUCAUUUCCUGCUCCAGUGUCCAAGUUCUCAUCUGCACCAUCUGGCUGGGGAUCUCUCCUCCAUUCCCAGACUUUGACCUGAGCUCCCAGCUUGGAGAGAUCAUUGUCCAAUGCAAUGAAGGGUCUGUUGCCAUGUUUUACAGUUCCCUCGGCUACAUGGGCUUCCUGGCUGCCAUCUGCUUCACGGUGGCUUUCUUAGCAAGGAAUCUGCCUGGGGCCUUCAAUGAGGCCAAGCUGAUCACCUUCAGCAUGCUGAUCUUCUGCAGUGUUUGGGUGUCCUUUGUGCCCACCUACCUGAGCACAAAGGGAAAAUUCAUGGUAGCCGUUCAGAUCUUCUCUAUCUUGGCCUCCAGUGCUGGGCUCCUGGGCUGCAUCUUCAUUCCCAAAUGCUACAUUAUUAUAUUGAGGCCUGAUUUGAACACAAAGGAGCACCUGACAACAAAAAACUAA